UACGGUGGUGGUGGGGUCGCUUCCGGCAGCACCGGUCACGAGUCAUCGAUCAUCUGUCCACCGGGGAGCACGCUCCAGAACAACCAGUGCAUCCAGCGAGUGUUGUACUGUGGGGCAGGCUUCAACCUCGUCGGCGAUACCUGCGUCGGGCAGUCCGUCUGUCAGCCGGGUUACACGCUCCAGAAUGGGAUGUGCAUGCCGACGUCCCUGCCGUGUCCCUCGACGACGACCUGCGGCGGGGUGGUCCAGGCACCACCGACACUCCUUUCGUGUACCUGCGAAACCGGCUACACCCAGGUCGGGGAUCAGUGCGUGAAGCACGAAUCGAAAUCGGCGGAGCAGCGCACGCUCGAGAGUAGCCACGUGGAGCCGCUCACGUGCCCCCCGGGGUACGAUCUGAACUACGAGCAGUGCAUCCGGCUCACGGACAUGGAAUCGCGCUGCGCGCAGGGCACCCGGCGAGACGACGUAUGUGUGGUGCCGGCCCACUGUCAGCAGCCGUCGGCCACACUCGAUGGGUACGGUCGGUGCAUCACCAACUCGACCGUUCCGGCCCGCUGCCCACCGGAAAGCCGACUCUCGGUGGGUGGCGUUUGCGCCUACCCGACCCCCGACUGCCCCGCUGGCUACCGGCCGGAGCGUGAAGGUAUGUGCGUGCAGCGGGACCAGCGGGAGCUAAGCUGCGAUCCGGGCACUCGACUGUCCGGUGGCGUUUGCAUCGUCACGCAGUCCCGCUGUCCAUCGGCGUACCGGCUCGCUGGUGGCCAAUGUGUCCAGGAACGUCGCACCGCGCCACGGUGCGCGACAGGAUCGAAGCUGCGCGAUGGGGUGUGCGUGAUCGGGGACCUAGAGUGCCGUCCGGGAUAUCAGCAGCGAAACGGCGCGUGCGUCCAGACGGACAGGCAACCGGUCAAGUGUCCGGCCGGGGCACGCAUGGUCGGCGAUGUUUGCGUGGCGGACCAGGAGGUGUGCCCUCGGGGCUUCAACUUCGUGCACAUGGAGUGCGUCCGGUACGUCCAGCAGCCGGCCACGUGCCCGCGGGGCUUGCGGUUCGUGACCGGCGAGUGCAUCUCGGCGGACGUGUCCUGUGAGCCCGGGUUUAGGAUGCGCGCAGGGGAGUGCGUGCGGGAACAGGAGGGUGAGUACGCGUGCCCGGCCGGAAGCCGGCCCCGCGAUGGGCUGUGCGUUGUGUCGGAGGCCACGUGUGAGGCCGGCUUCGAGCUGCAGGAUGGGGUGUGCGUGCAGCAUCAACGCGAGCCGCCCCGCUGCCCGCACGGAUCCCAGUUCCGGGGCGGACGGUGCGUGUACCAGGUCCAGAGCUGCCCCCCGGGAUCGGUGCGCAAGGAUGGGCAGUGUGCGCGCGACGACCGAACCACGCCGACGUGUCCGGGCGGGUUCCACUACACCCGCGGCUACUGCCUGGCCGAGCCGCACUGUGAGGCCGGGUACGCCUACAACCAGUCGGAGUCGAUCUGCUGGAGCACCUCGAGCACGACGGUGUCCUGUCCAGCGGGCACGCACAUGGAGCAGGAUCGGUGCGUAACGCGCGAAAUGGUGUGCGCCGAUGGGUACUCGUACCACGGCGGCGGCCAGUGCGUCCUGCGCUUAACCUCAUCGCCCGUUUGCCCCCCGGGAACGAUGCUCCACGGUGGGCGCUGCGAGUCGCGCCUAGCUCCCCUGUGUCGCGCCGGGGGUCUGCCGGCCAACGGAGUGUGCGAGAUCCAGGAGACGGCCUACCCAACCUGCCCGACCGGUUACCACUUCCAAGGCGGUCACUGUAUCAGUCUGGGCCAACCAGCGGCCCCAUGUCCGGUGGCGUACGGUGGAUGCCAGAGUACCUGUAACGGAGGCUGCGGCAGCCCUUGUCCCAUGACGCCAUGUGCCACUCAGCCUGCGCAGCAACUGGCAGCGCCAGGCUGCCCGCCAGGCUUCACGAUGACGGCCGGAGGUGUCUGCAACCGACGGUACUCGAUUCCGCUGGAGUGUCCGGCCGGAUACUCGAUGGACAACGGCCAGGAGUGUGUCCGGCAGCACGCGAUGGUCUGCGGAGUGGGUUCGCCCGACGGGGAGCAGUGCGUACGGCUCCAGAUCCGUCCGGCCGCCUGUCGGGAGGGGUUCGUCCUCCAGGAUGGGCGCUGCGUGCACAUGGCCCCGUCGUGCCCCCAAGGAUACCGCAGCGUGGCCGGUAGCUGCGUGACGGUAAGCGAACGACCUGCGCAAUGUCCAGCGGGAAGCAGCAAGCGGAAUGGAUUCUGCGUCAGGCCGGUUACCUGUCCGGCUGGGUUCUAUCUGACGGGCGGGGUGUGUCACCGUGAGGAGCACACUCCGGUCGAGUGUCCGCCCGGGUUCGUGUACAGCGGCGGUGAGUGCGCCAGUCAGUUCCGGUGCCCGGACGGGUUCCGGUUCGAGGCGGACCAGUGCGUGCGGACGACGCACCGCUCGGUGACGUGUGCCGCCCCGUCCCGCCACGUGCAGGAUUGGUGCGUCCUGAGUGGACCCAGCUGCGACGCGGGCUACGAGUUCGUGGCUGACAACCGGUGCAUCAGGACGGAGCACCGGAGUGUGAUCUGCCCCCCGGACAGUCGGCUCCGGGGCUCCGUCUGCGUAUCGCUUGACGUGCCGACGUGCGAACCGGGCUUCACGCUGUCCGCCGAUCAGUGCACCAUGCUGGAGAAGCGCCCCAGCCAGUGCCCGCCGGAGUUCGUCAUCAGCGAGCGCGGACCAGUGCGAUGUGUGUCCGGGCGAAAGCUCUGUCCGCACGGAUUCGAGGUAAGUGGCAGCGAGUGCGUGCGGGAGAACCGCCAGCUGCUGAUCUGCCCGCCGGGAAGCAAUCUGCGCGGCGGCGUGUGCAUCACCGGGUCUCCGCAGUGCGAACCGGACUACAAGAUGGUCGGCGGCGAGUGUAUCCACACGAUCUACAGUGCGGUGGAGUGCCCACCCGAUACGAUCAUCAGUGCGGGCGGCCAGUGCGUGCGGAGUGCGUCGUGCCCGUCGGGCUACCGUCUCGAUGGAAUGCUGUGCGUCAAGCUCCACUCCGUGCCGCUGGCCUGCCAACGGGGCACGCUAGUCAGCGGCGAGUGUGUAGCGCCCGGUCCGGACUGUCCCGAGGGCUACGAGUUCCGGCGGGGGCUCUGUGUGCGGCGGGACUCCACCGAACCGAGUUGCCCCGCGCACGCCACCCUCCGCGGGCACCAGUGCGUCGUCGGCCGACCCGAGUGUGUCGGAGAUUUCCACUACUCCAACGGGCGCUGCACGAAGGUAUCGAAACUGGAGGCCCGCUGCUCCGGGCCCGGGACCGAGCUGAAGGAUGGCCGGUGUGUGUCGGUGGUCAAAUCGACCACCGCCUACUGCUCGCAGGGCUACACCCUGCAGGGAAGUCUCUGUGUGCGCACGGUGUAUGCGCAGAGAAACUGUGUGGCUGCGGCGUACGGCGCGACCAGCCCCACUCUCGAUGUGCAGCGUGUCGUGCUCCCACUACCACAACCUGUCACACUGCCCACCGUCGGGUUGGUGGCAGAUCUUAAAACAUUCCACCCGGUCAGCUCCGCCGGAAGCAGCACCGGUGGCGCCGUGACCUCGAUGGACGAUGUGUUUGCGCCGUUCUUCGAAGGCAAUCUGUACGACGGAGCCAGCGAUGGAUUCCGCUACGCAGCGAGCGGCGACAGCAGGUACGACUCGGUCCAUGGAGGUUCUCAUGCGGUAUCGUCGAAGACGGAGACCACCUAUAGCGAGCGGCGCACUACGAUCGCUCCGGAGUCUGGGGUGGCAGGCGUGAAACGGUGCACUGUCGUGGGGCCGCGGGUCUGCACGACCGAGGGUGAACAGUCGAGCUGGAAGUGUGAGCAAACAACGUUCAAGGAGAUCGCGUCCAGCAUGUGUACCAGCGCCGAAACUACCAUCUGGCUGAAGGUGGGCGAGCACGUGGCCUACAACAGUACCGUGAUGUGGAUGGCGCCGCGCGAAGCCAACGAUGAAGACCCGGACGCGGAUGCCUACGCUGAGGAGGAAGACGCGGACGCGGACGCGGACGCGGACUGUAGCGGCUGCUCGUUCGGAUCCUUCAGCUGCCACAAGGUGUGCUACACGUACGACGAGUGCGACUGCACCUACACGCUGCUCGCUGACUUCUGCAAGACCACGCACGAGUUGACGCAGUUCUGCAGUGCUCUCAAAUGA